CAGAUAAGUGAUAACAUCAGAUCCUCUGUUUCUUCUACCUACGAAUAAAUUAAGCACAAGGUUUAUCCAUAGUGUCGUCAAUCAAAAUCAAUUCCUCAAGAAUUAAGAAGAGAUGGCAGUGGCCAACGCAUGGGCCACCGGACACGCCGUCGUCCCGCCGCCGCCGCAGCUCCGCCCAGUCUUCCCCUCUUCCCAAGAAACCUCCCGGAUAACAUUUCCCAGUAAAUAUAUCCUUCGAAGAAGCAACAAGUCUACGUAUUCUUGCCACUGCAGCAGCAACAAUAACAACACUUCUUCUUAUCCUUCCACGUGUUCAUCGUCGUCUUCAUCAUCAUCUGCAGACUGGGAUUGGGACAGGUGGACCCGCCAUUUUUCUGAGGUUGAGGAGGCUGAUAGCUUCGCCUCUCUUCUCAAGUUUCAAUUAGAAGAUGCAAUAGAGAAGGAAGACUUUCGAGAAGCUUCCAAGUUGAAGAAAGCAAUCGACGAGACAACGUCGAAAGAUAGUAUCGCCGAAAUUUUGUAUCAGUUGAAGAAUGCAAUUGACGAUGAACGAUACCAUGAUGCUUCAAGAUUAUGCCGAAGUACCGGAAGUGGGCUGAUUGGUUGGUGGGUUGGCUAUUCGAAGUCAUCGGACGAUCCUUUUGGGAGAUUAAUUCGGAUAACUCCAGAAACGGGCAGAUUUGUUGGCAGAAGUUAUAAUCCACGGCAAUUAGUCACUUCAUCUCCCGGAACUCCACUCUUUGAAAUAUUUCUGGUUAAAGAUACCGACAAUACAUAUAAAAUGCAGGUUGUUUUCUUAAAGAAAAUCAAACGAAAUCAAGAAAAUUCCGAUUCACCAUCAGCAACUGGGGUCGAGAAUGGAUCCUUAGUCGAUUCUGAAGUGGGCGAAACCGAAGAGGAAAAAAAUCAAGAAACGAGCCUCGAUUUGGAGGAAGCAACAGAGGAAGGAAUAAAAAGCGUAAUAAACUUCCUCAAAGAAAAAAUCCCGGAACUGAAAGUUAAGGUGACGAAUGUCAACUUAACCGAAGAUAUAACCAUAGAUACUUUAAAGCAGUUAAUCGGAGACGACAACAAUAAUAAUAAUAACAAUAAUAAUUCUACAAUCAACGAGGAUAUUGAAGAGGAAGUUAGUGAUUCAGAUAAUAGUGACGGAAUCGAAGAUGAAAAUAACUACGAAAAGAUUUACGUAGGGGACGUGUUACAUAACGAGGAGGAAAAUAAUACGAAGGAUGAAUUUGUUCGUGUUCCGGCUAAUAUUAAAGAUAUGGAGAGGGACUCGUUCGUGUUGCAUAUACCGAAGAGCGACGAAGAUAAUCGAUCGGAAGAAAAUGUUGUGAAUGCUGAUGCGAUAAAAGCUGUUCGAGAUGUUUCUGAACUUAUUCGUCCCGAGAUUGCUAAGGCUUUUGGAAGUUCCGAAAAAGUUUCUGCUAAGAUUUCGAGAAACAUGCGUGAAAUAAUCAAGCUUGCAGUUACUCAGGCGCAGAAGCAUAAUCGAUUAUCCGAAUAUACGAAUUUUCGACGCGUUACUACCUCCAAAGGUGAUAUGGAUACAUUUAACGGUUUGUAUGUUGGUGCAUUUGGCCCUUACGGUACCGAGGUAGUGCAACUAAAACGGAAAUACGGAAACUGGAAUGUGAAUAAUGAUGAGAAAUCUUCUGACGUGGAGUUCUUUGAGUACGUCGAGGCAGUCAAAUUGACUGGGGAUUUGAAUGUUCCUGCGGGCGAGGUUACCUUUCGUGCGAAAAUUGGGAAGGCUAAUCGUCUUGCCAAUCGAGGACUAUAUCCAGAUGAACUAGGAGUGGUCGCAAGUUACAGAGGUCAAGGAAGGAUAGCGGAAUUCGGGUUCAAGAAUCCCAAGUGGGUCGAGGGCGAACUUCUUCAACUAAAUGGCAAGGGUAUGGGGCAGUACGUCGAAGGUGCAGACCUCGGUUUUCUGUAUGUUGUACCGGAACAAAGUUUCCUUGUACUGUUCGAUCGUUUGAAACUACCGGAGUGAGUCAUGCCGAUAUGAAAAGCAAAGCUUACAUUAUUUGAAUUUCUAAUUUUUUUCGUGCGGUAACAGAGGAAUUUUGACAUAUGUUUAUAAGAAAUAGUACCACCGGCACAAUUUUUUUUUUAAACCAUACUCUUUUAAUUGAAUUUGCGUGUAUCGAAUGGGGAUGGUUAUAUCAAUUAAUCGUUUUUUUUUUUU